GUUUAUUAUUAAUUAUUAUAAACAUCGUUUUGGUAUGUUGAUAUCAAGUAAUAUUUUAUCAAAAAAGUUAUACAAUUGGUGUUUAAAAAUUAAUACUUGUCGAUACAAAGGCACAAUGAACGAAACGCUAUUGAAAUCGGUAAAGGCUUGCAUACCAAAACUAGAUGGUGGUAAACACAAGGGUCAGGCCGGUAGGAUAGGAAUAGUUGGAGGAUCCUUAGAAUACACGGGAGCGCCUUAUUUUGCUGGGAUAAGUGCUUUGAAAGUUGGAGCUGAUUUGGUGCACAUAUUUUGUGCAUCUUCAGCAGACAGCGUCAUUAAGUCGUACAGUCCCGAACUGAUAGUACAUCCAUUACUGGACCACUCUAAUGCUACCGCUCAAAUUUCUCCGUGGCUUGAAAGACUUCAUGCCUUAGUCAUUGGUCCAGGACUGGGACGAGAGAUGGAAACCUUCAAUGUUGUGACAGAUUUGAUAAACAUUAUAAAAGAGAAGAAGAUACCCUUAGUUAUUGAUGCAGAUGGAUUGUUUCUAGUAACUAGCAAACCGGAAGUUAUUAAAGAUUUCUCAUCACCGGUUAUAUUGACUCCUAAUAAAAUAGAAUUUGAAAGGCUAUGCAACAGUCUUGGCGGGGCUUCAGAAUUACGAACCCUUGGGGAAAACGUAACAGUUUUCAAAAAAGGAGAAGUAGAUCAAGUGUAUUCUUCACUUCAGGAAGCAGAGUGGAAGUCUAAUGUUUACGGAUCUAACCGAAGAUGUGGUGGACAAGGGGAUCUUUUAUCAGGAUCAAUUGCUACAUUUUUAAACUGGACUUUGAGUAAUAAGGAUAAGAUAGAGAUUGGUUUGGCUGCUGAUCCUCGGACAGCAGCAUCCUUAGCCUGCUAUUCAGCAUCAAUUCUUGUAAGGCUAUGUAAUGAGAAGGCUUUCAAGAUCAAAGGCAGAAGUAUGCUGGCUGGUGAUAUGAUUGAAUACAUCCAUGAAUCUUUUGAAGAGUUAUAUGGACAAUAAUAUUUUAGGAAUGCAAGUACAACCA